AUGCUAGUUCUUAUGAACUUACGUAAAUACCUAAGUAAAACACAUUUUCAAAAAUGUAAUUUUAAUACUUGCUCUUCCAACAUGUUAUCUAACGAAAAAUUAAAUAAGAUUAAAGAAUUUCGAAAGAUAACUAAUUUGUCAAUUGGUAUUUGUAAAAAUAUUUUAAAUAAGAACGAUUACAAUAUUGUAAAUAGUAUAAAUUAUAUUUUUCAAAAUUUUAAUACGAACUAUGAAAAAAAAGAUAAAAAAUUGGCAGAAGGUUUUUAUUGCUUUACACAACAUGAAAAUGUCAUAGGCUUAACUGAAUUAAAUUGUUAUAAUGAUUUAAUAUCAGAAAAUAUACAUUUUAAAGAAUUAUUAAUUAACUUGUGUAAUAAUUUAACGCAAUAUUAUAUAAAUAAAAAGGAUAUACAACCAGAAGUUGAUAAAAAUACUCAAAAUGUUAGAAAAAUACAAAAUGACUCAUUUUUGCAUAAUAAAGUGAUUUAUAAUUAUAUCCCUCUAUAUUAUAAAUCAAAUAACAUUAUAAAUGUUGAUAAAAAAUUAGAAAACAUAAGUGACAUAAAUAUAUUUAAGGAAAUAUAUUUUAAUAGAUCAUUGAAACAAUUAAUUAAUUAUACCUCUUUUAUUUUAAAUGACUUUAUCUUUUUCAGAAAUUAUUUUUUGAUAUAUGAUAUGAAUAAGCUUCUAUCAAAUAGGAAGAACAUGCAUAUAAUUAAAAAAUACUAUUAUCAUAAAGAAGUGAAUAUUGAAAAUUUUAUCUUGUGCAAAGGCUUCUCAUUUACAUUUUUAUUUAUUGAAUCUAAUAAAAAUUUAGAUGAAUUUACAGAAUUAUUAUUAGAAAAAUUAUCCUAUCUUAUAUGCAUAAAUAUAUUAAUAUAUAAAUCUAAACAUUGUUCAAAAGAUCCAAAAUUUUUUGAUAUUCAUUCAUGUCUAGAAAACAAGCUUUCUAAUUUAUCUAAAAAUGAAAUAAAUAAUGAUAACAAUAAUUUAAAUAAAGAAAAUACUGUGCCUAAUGAAAUAUAUAUUAAUGAUAUAAUGACAGAAAAAAUACAAUCAUUCGAAAUAAUAAGUCAAUGUCUUAAUGAUUCAAAUAAUAAAAACUUCAAACUUCAUAAUACUGAUAAUAUAACUUUUAUAGAAUUAUUUAAUAUAUUAGAAAACGAAUUGCAGAUAAAAAUUUUUCCUAAAAUAAUAUACUCCAUGAUUAAUGAAGAUUUGGUUAUCCUAUAA